AUGGCUGAUGUGGAAGUUGAGGAUGCUGGCCCUCCCCAAGGGAAGGAUGUCAAGGCACCUUUCCCAGUAGCCACCAUCAAGGAUAACAACAUCAAUUUGAGGGCUUACUUCAACCAACAAGGGAAUGCAGAGUGGCUAUGGCCCAGGAUCCAAGAUGCUUUGGGCAUUGGGGGCUAUGGUGGCUCCUUUCUUCAGACCAAUAAGGCAGCUGUGGCUGCUGAUAUGGCUCUGCUUGAGGUGCCAGGGGAGCAGAUGCACUAUAAGCCGAAGGGGUAUGAAGGUUCCCCAGCUGAGCCUUGGAAAGACCACACUUUGGAAGGCAGGGCCAUGCUGUCCUUAUUGGUGACUUGUCUGAAGUCAAAGCCACUCAAAGCUGAGCAGAAGGAGAAAGCUCUGAAGAUGUUUGUGUCCUUAGCAAGCAUUGCCAACAACAAGGCGCAUGAGCUGGGGCAAGUCCCUGCCUUUCCACCUGUCACCAUUUGUGCACCAGAUGGCUCUUUGAAAGUGGGGCACAUCAAUGUCAACAAGCAUGGCUUGUGUGGUGGCUGGGCUGCCAUGGUCAACCACAUCCCUGCAGCCCAGAAAUUGUGGAACAAAUUGGAAGAGUCAGCUGGAGGGCAAACCUUGUGGGAGAGCCUUGGGAAAGGUGUGCUGCCAAACCUCAUGAUCUAUGUAGCUGCAGGGUUGGAGGCUUAUGCUGUCUCUUUGACCUACAUGCCUUUGCAAGAGCUUCCAGUCCUGAAAAGCAAGAGAGGCUUCACCAGGAAAUCUUCAGACCAGGUGAACAAGCUGCUGGUCUUGGACAGGGUGAAAAAUGAAAGACUGCACAGGUGGAGGGUAGCCAGAACACAUGCGAACCUCAUUUCUGAGCAUUGUAAGCUCAUGAAGCAGGAGGCCUACCUCACCACAGUGCUCCAUGAAAGAGCUUGCUCAGGAGCCUUUCAGGGUGUCACCCAGAUCUCUGUGGUCUGGGAUCCAUCCAGCUAUGGUGGCAUGGAGACUUUUGUUGGAAUGAUCUACAGUGUGGACCUGGACUUGGCUGCCUAUAUGCUGGUCCAGCCUUUGAGAAGGCUGCUGGUAGGAGAUCUGUCUCAGGAGCUGAAGGCGGAUGGCAAGAAGGGUCGAUUGACAAGAGUGGAAGGCUAUGUAGAGCUCAGAGCUUUGUCCAACUCCAUGAAAAGCAUGGGUCUCACUUUGCCUGACUUCAAUGUGCCUCUUGGGCUUCACCUAGAGCCACUCAAGCCCAAUGAGAUCAGAGCUCAGAAGGAUGGCUUGUGGUACAUUGUGGAUACGAAGGAAGGCAUAGCCAGGCCACAAAUCCCCACUGGAAUGCUGCUGGGAAAGCUUCCUGUCCUUGUCAGCAUCUCUGACCAGGGGCCUAGCAAUAUGGCUGCUCUCAAUUACAUCCAAUUUUCAAAGGAGGCAAUCCUGUGCUGUUGUUUAUAUGACCCUUUCCACAGGGCAUGGAACGACAUCAAAUUGGCUGCCAGAAGGGCCAGAUGCUACCCCUACAAGACCAUGCUGGAGAUGACUGUGGUCUACAACCUUCCUUAUGGUCCCUUUGGAUCUGGCACAUGGUUUGGGAGGAAGCACGACUGCCUGCAGGACUUUCUUGCCCAGCACUCUGCUUCCAGUACCACCUUCCAAGAGCAUCUGCCAUACAUCUGCAGGGAACUAGGUGAGCUGUAUGCCACAAAAAUGAUCCUCAUGUCAGCUGGCACAGAGUAUGAGGCUGAACAGGAGGAACCAGCUGCAUCCUUUGACCAUGAGGGGCUGGCUUCUAAGGACCCCAGGGCUGAACUUGCAGAAUUGAAGAAGAAGAAGGGGGUGUGGAAGCUUGCCCAAUUGCUGAUCACUGAGAGGAACAUCGAUUUGCAGAGGAUGGUCAUGCAGGUGUGCAGAGCCACCUGGAAACACCAUGCCCUGAGAGCAAGGACCAUCAAGAGUCCCUCUGAUGUCUUCCAGUACAAUGUGGCUUGUUCAACCCAGUGGAAGUGGGCAGAGGAGCUUGAGGACAUGGUCAGGCAUGGGUGCUUUGACAGGGAGGAGCUCUUCCAGCAGUUCCAUGAGGAGCCAGGUGAAGACAGGAAGGGCUUGCUGGCAGAGCAUGCCAACUUCUUGGAGGAGUUGCUGUGCGUCAGAGGGUCCAGCUUGGCAGUGGCAGCCUUGACACCACCCAUGAGAUACUGUGGGACCCUGUCACCAGAUCCUGCAGAGGCAGCCAAGGCUAUCCAACAGGUGCAGAAGGAAUGGAGGGUCUUGCUGGAGGUGGAGAGUGCUGUAGCUGCUGGUGGCACAGUGCCCUUUUUGGAUAGCUUGGUGUGGAGGAAGUCUCCUUUUGUCAGAGCUUUGUUCCUGGCUUAUGAGCAGGGCUUGGAGCAGGGGUGUGCUUUGCAAAUGCACCUUGCCAAGAACUUGGGUGACAGCAGGGUGGUUGAGACUGCGCACUCCAAGUGCAAGGACAUUUUGAGAGAGAGCAAAAGCAAUGCACCCAGCCUGACUGCUAUCCAACAUCAGCUCUUAUUGAGCAAAUCUUUGGAGGAAAGAAAUGUAAACAGUAUCACUGUCAAUCCUGCCGACAAAGUCUUUGCCUCUUCUUCUGCCUUCACUUCACCAGUUCUUUUGAAGAUGAACCCCAGGUCCCACAAGCUUCCAGUGAGCCUGCAAAAGAUGAUGGCUAAGCAGGGUGUCACCAACUCUUGGCCUUCCCCAAGCCCCGCCAGCAUGUUUCCAAUCCAGGCUGCAACUGAGUGGCUUUUCAGUGCCUGGGAUGCAGGUUUGCCAGCUGGAAGCCUGGAGAAAGCGUGGGUGACAUUGCUGGCUGGGAAGCCAGGAACAAUUGUGGCCCAGAAAAGCACUGGAGUUUUGGUGAAAGUUCUUCAGGCAGCAGAGUAUGGACUGCUUGGUUGGCUUCUAGAUGUCCAGAAAGGACACCAUGGGAAAGCCAUGUACUUCAUGAACAGCACAAGGGCUUCUUUGGGCUGGUACCACAUUUUUGAUUUGAAUGAUUGGGUUGUGGUGCCUUGUGAACCACAGUUGCUGAAUCCUGGGGUUGGCCCCAUGGGGUGGGUCAGAGUGGGUAACCCUGUGACCCUACCAAUGGCAGUUUGCAAGGAGGGUGCGCACAUCACAGUGAAGCAGAUCAAGCACUUGCUUCAGGAACUGGGUGUGGCCUUUGCCAAGAACUUGAAGAAAAGGCAGCUGCAAAUCUUGCUUAUUGAAAGGUGCCUGACAGAUGCUGAGGAGCAGCAGAAGGCAAUUGCCAAAAUUCCUGAGGUGCCUGAAGCACAGGCUGCUGAAGCAGAUCUGGAUGAUGAGGUCUUAGAUGCAUUGGAAGAGGAUGAGGCCAACUUCCAGGAAAUCAAGAAGAUCAGGAAGGAGGUGGGGAAGAAAAAGCAGAAGAAGGAGAAGGCAGAAGAGCCGGUCCAGUCCAAUAAGAAGCCCAAGGCUAAGGCUGGAAAGGGAAAAGGCUCUGCACAGGUUGAAGGGGUGCCAAAGGUGGAUUAUGCCAAGGUAAAGCCCAAGCCUGCCCCAAAGCAAGCCCCAGAGGCACAGCCAAAGGCAGAACCAAGGAUGAAGCAGAAGACCCAGAGCAGCUACUUUGGUGGCAAGGCUUCUUGGAAAGACUGCCUGGCAUCUGUCCAUGAGUUUAAUUGGAGAAAGUGGCAUGUGAUGAGGGACAAGCUGCCUUUGGAACCUGGGCAGCCAGAGCAGGUCCCUGGAAAGAUCCCUCUUGAGAUCUAUCAGUGGAAGAUCGAUGAUGGCAGCCUGUG